AUGGGGCCCCUGGGCAAUAGGGGAUCAUGGGGCCCCUGUGUCCUUGCCCAAACAAAAAAAAGCCUAUGAAAAAGGGUGGGAAGGUGUGGCAGUAGAUAACCUAUCAAGAGCUGUCAGUGAAUUUAGCUGCAGGAAUGAUAGGGCCCCCCUGAUUUCCUCCUCCUAGGGGCGGACUGACAACUCAUGGGGCCCCCGGGCAAUAGGGGAUCAUGGGGCUCCUGUGUCCUUGCCCAAACUCAAAAAAGCCUAUGAAAAAAGGUACCAGGGGCAUCUCAUGGGGCCCCCUACCGACCCCGGGCCCUCGGGCUGUGCCCGAGUUUCCAAAUGGUCAGUCCGCCCCUGCUCCUCCCAACACAAAU